AAGCAAUCUGCGAUGAUGGGGAGCAUUGUAUGGACGAGAUGGGAGAAUAUUGUGACAAUGCAUUUGCUUCAUGUGUAGCUGGACGUUGUGUUUGUCAGAAAUUCGGCAUUGAUCCAUGUACUUGCUUAGUUUCAUUAGGUGGCUGCCACAUGACAAGAGAAAACAAAGAAGAAAUUGCCAUUGCGACGUUAAUAAACAAUGAUUCCCUCAAAUACAUAAGCUGCGUAUCAAAAAUAUCCACAAGCACUGAGGUCCACGUCAUAGCGAUGAAAUACGGAAUCGCAUCACCAGAAUUAACAAAUGUAAAUGUUAAUAUAUCAAACCGUAACACAGAUAAAGCGGUCGUCCUCGUAUUGGUGUCAGAUAGACUAGUGUUCUGGAAAAUCAACAUAUGGCACGACCAGAAAGUCGAUCAAUUGGUACUGGUAAGUAAGUAUGUAUAGGUGCAU